GUGAGAUGAGUGAUGAUGCUUUGUGUGAUGUGUGUCUACGUGAUGGAGCUGUGAUGAUCCUGUGAGUGACGAUGCCAUGUCUGUUCUGCUUUCACAGGACAGGGAGGUUUACAGCAGAUCCACCCUCAGGUCCUAGCCAAGAGGACAUUGCUUCGCUUAAAGGCACCGAGGAAACUGUGGCCAAAUUCCUGUACGGAUGCUCACCAACUCUGGACACAAACUCAGCUAAUAACCAACUCCAGAUCUCUUCGGAUCUCAGGACGAUGACAGCGGUCCCUGCCUCCCAGGGUCGCCCCCAUCACCCACACCGGUUUGAUGGCCGUGCACAAGCCCUGUGCUGUGAGAGCUUCUCGUCUGGCCACCACUACUGGGAGGUGGACGUGGGGGACGCGCGGUGGUGUCGGGUUGGAGUCGCGUACGGGACGAUCCCACGGAAAGGGAGUGGUGCUGCACAGCUGCUGGGAGAUAGCAACUCGUCCUGGUGUUUAGAGAAAUGGUUUAACAGCUUCUCAGUGGUUCAUGGUGGAGUGGAGACUGCACUGUCGGUGAGGGGGGCCCCCUCCCUCCGCAGAAUCGGGCUUCACCUGCACUGGGAGGGGGGGCUCCUGGCGUUUUACCGCGCCGACUCCAUGGAGGUGAUCCACGAGGGUCGGCAGAGAUUCUCGCAGCCUCUCUACCCUGGGAUGUGUGUGGGGUGUUCUAAUGAACCAUUGAAGAUCGUGGAUCUGAGUCGUGCAUCCUGAGGAUGAGGAGAGAUAGAAACCUAAGAAACUGAGACGGAAACUCAAUAAACGGAGGAGAGGGUGGAUGGUGAGUAGAGGGUGAAGUGAGGGUGAGGGGAAGGUGGAACAGAGUGUGAGGUAAGGUGAUGGUGAGGGAAGAAUGGAGGGGAAGGUGACAGGUGAGCAUGGAGGGGUAGGGUGAGGGGGGAGAGUGAGGUUCAGGUUGGCUUGCGUGAGCGAUGUCGCCGGUGCAGUACAAAUCGCAGGUUCGUGUGGCCGCUCCUUCGCCUGCAGUGCGUGCUUGCGUCACCACGCCUCCUCAUCCCUGUGAUUCACCAUCAUCAUCAUG